UCCGUUGUGGUGCUUGUCUCGAAGUUGUGUAUGUAAUGUUUUCCGUGUACGUGCGAUUUCACAUUGGAAAGUGGUAUUCCUGUGUCGUGAUCGGAUUACUAAAACUAAAUUCCAAAGACAUACAUUAGCCGCUGAACAUUUGUGUCAUUCAAACAUAGUGUGAGGACGGUCUUAAUGGCAGCUGUUAGCACCUUUAGCAAUAUGAACAAAAUGUAUAGAGCAUGUUUCCACGCUAGUCGUCAAGCGGCUGCCCUAAAGGCGUCGAGGCUACUUAACAACAGAACUUUCAGAAUCAACUCCACACACAGACAACAGCCGUUCGACUCAACGCUGGAAAAGCCUCAGUUUCCCGGCGCCUCCGCGGAGUUUGUGGACCAACUGGAGUUUAUAGAGCCCAAUGUAAUCGCAGGCAUCCCGGUGUACCGGGUCAUGGACCGUCAGGGUAACAUCAUCAACCCCUCCCAAGACCCUCAGCUCUCUAAAGAGACGGUUCUGAACUUCUACCACAAAAUGACACUGCUGAACACGAUGGACCGCAUUCUCUAUGAAUCCCAGAGACAGGGAAGGAUUUCUUUCUACAUGACCAACUAUGGCGAGGAGGGCACGCACAUUGGUAGUGCUGCCGCUCUCGAGCCAAACGACCUGGUCUUUGGACAAUACCGAGAAGCUGGCGUGCUGAUGUAUCGCGGCUUCUCCCUGGAUUCAUUCAUGGCUCAGUGCUACGCCAACGCGGACGACCUGGGCAAAGGCCGCCAGAUGCCUGUGCACUACGGCUCACGGGAUCUAAACUUUGUCACCAUCUCCUCACCACUGGCCACGCAGAUCCCGCAAGCGGUCGGAGCCGCAUAUGCCAUGAAGCGUGAAAACAUCAACCGAGCUGUGAUUUGCUAUUUCGGCGAGGGGGCGGCCAGCGAGGGAGACGCCCACGCCGGCUUCAACUUCUCAGCCACACUCGAGUGCCCGCUCAUCUUCUUUUGCCGCAACAACGGCUACGCCAUCUCCACGCCCACCAACGAGCAGUACCGUGGCGACGGCAUUGCUGCUCGCGGUCCGGGCUAUGGCAUGCUGUCCAUCCGCGUGGACGGAAACGAUGUGUUCGCCGUGUACAACGCCACCAAGGAGGCUCGGCGCAGAGCCGUCGCCGAGAACCAGCCCUUCCUUAUUGAGGCCAUGACAUACAGAAUCGGCCACCACAGCACCAGUGACGACAGCUCGGCGUACCGUUCAGUGGACGAGGUCAAUUACUGGGACAAGCAAGACCACCCCAUCUCGCGCCUUCGCCACUACAUGGCGUCGCGGGGAUGGUGGACCGAGGACGACGAACGCGCCUGGCGCAAGCAGUCACGCCAGACCGUCAUGGAGGUGUUCGAACGGGCCGAGAAGCGUCUGAAACCCAACCCUGAGCUGCUCUUCACUGACGUCUACGAGGAAAUGACGCCCGCCCUCACCAAGCAGCGCGAGUCGCUCUUCCGCCACGUGCAGCAAUACAAGGAGCACUACCCCCUCGACCUUUACGACAAAGACUCUCACUGAAUGUUUUUUUUUUCAUGGGUUUUCAAACAGGGGUCCGCAAAAUAAUUGGUAAUAAAUGUCUUGUGUUCCACCUCCCCCAAAAAAGUGCAAAUUGCUAGCCUAAUAGCAUAAUUGUCCAUGUCAAUUUUAAGUUACUAUCACAAAAGAAAUAAAAAUAACAAUAUGCUUGCUAAAAUUGUUUUACUUGUUUCUUUGUUACUGGACACUUUAGCGAAUUUGUUUUUUCCGGUUUUCUUUAAACGGUCAAAUAUGACUUAGGCAACCAUGCUAUUAGGCUAAGGACAAGGGGCACAUAAGCCAAUUAUUUCCCCCUAUAUUUCCUUUGGACCAAUUCCAAGCUCUGAUAACAUUUUGUUGUAUCAUGACAUAAAAAUGACUUUUUGGGCGUAUUACAAGAAUAUAUUUUUUUGGUAUAAUAAGUUGCUUAGAACGUAUUGCCAGCCUAUUUUGUGGUGGGAGGGGUUACAGAAUAAAGGCAUUUAUCUCCAAAAACUAAACUGUGUACAGUAAUGUCAAAAAAGUUUCUUUGAAAUAUAAUUGUCUUCUCUACUCAAACUUUGAAUGUAAUAUAUGAUGACUACCUUGAGAAAAUUCAUCUUUAAUCUGAUUACAGCUUUUUAUCUCGAAAAAUAUAUCUC